UUUAAGUCCUCAAUGCCAGUUCAGUUCUCACAGACUGAUUUACAGUGCAUCUGCUGCACCUCAGAAAUAUUUAGGUGCAAAGAUGUCCAUCGCAAAUUCUGCAGCCCAGUACAUGCUGGCAGAUGCGCUGCUCCCAGAGGGUGGGAAUGACUCACGACUCAAGUCUCUGGUUCUGGAGCUACCAAUUGACCGAGUUAUCAAGUUUGUGUCAGUGGGGCUGCCCUUGCUUCUUGUGUCUAUGGCUUUUGCAAGAGAGAUCUCCACCGGUCCACAGAUCAGCUGUUUUGCCCCACAGAAUUUCACUGCAAAGCAGGCAGCUUACGUGGACACAUACUGCUGGGACUCUCUAAUGCACCAUGAAUUUGACACCAAAGGCAACUUUGAAGAACGAUCGUUAUGGGUACACAAGAUGUUCCCCUACUCACUCCUAGUCAUGGCUGUAAUGAUGUACUUGCCUGCCAUGCUCUGGCGCUUCCUUGUGAUGCCAUGUCUUGGGGCAGACCUACUUUUUGUCAUGGAUGAGCUUGACAAAUCAUACAACCGUUCAGUAAGGAUGGCUCAGAGCAUUCUGGAACUGCAGCAGAACAGUCAUAAUUCCAAAACAUUUGCAGCAGAAUUGGAAAGGGCAAAACGUGAACGCUAUUUUGAGUUUCCACUGUUGGAGCGCUACCUUCAGCUAAAACAGUGUUCCUAUUUUCUGGUCUCCAUGCUGUUUCUCCGAAGCUUCCUUUUGUUGUUGUUCAUUUCAGCUGCCUGCCUCUACCUUGUCUACUUCCACCUCUCUGCCUUCCUGCAGGAUGAAUUUAGCUGCUUUGUGAAAACGGGUCUGCUACAGGAGGAGCCUUGGGUACCUGAGCUUGUGCAGUGCAAGCUGACAGGUCUGCUGGUCUUCCAGAUUAUCAGUGUCACCAAUGGGGCUAUCUAUUUGCUUCUUGUGCCCUUGAUCCUAUUUGGCCUCCUGCGUCUCUUCUGCUGGGAUCGGCGUUUCCUAUCAGUCUACGAGGUCCUUCCAGCUCUUGGUCUAAUGGGUGGUCAGAAACUUGGUUGCCCCCUCAAUGACCUCAAUGUCAUCUUACUAUUCCUGCGGGCUAAUGUCUCCCAGAUACGAUCCUAUGGGCGACUUAGAGCUGUGUGCUCUGUGAGUGGUUCUCAAGGAAUCUCCUUGGCACGGGGGUACAAACUGGAGAAUGAAGAGGAAAAAGAGGAAAGAGAAGAGCGUGAGGAAGAAGCAAGAGAGGAAGCAGAGGAAAAGGGCUAUACAUUGGUGGAUAUCAUGAGAGUGCUGGCUGGGUCAAACAGAGACAAGAAAGCAGAGAUCAAUCCUGAGGAGAUGCCACCUCCUGAAACCCUUGAGUUGUCUAACCGGCAGGGCUACCAUGAGUUGAAGGAGACGCCAUCAUGUAGUUAUGCCUAGAACCACGAGUCACUGGGAUUGAACCACCAGAGGCCCCAUUGAGACGCCCAGGGACUGGGCGUGGAAGAUACCAAGGGGCAGGGGUGGGGGAGGGGGCUCUAUGCUUUACUUGCCACCAACCCUUUCAUUAUAAAUACAGGAAAGAAGCACUACAUGGAUAUUUACUAUGAAACAGUUAUUUAAAUGCACAUUUUACAAUACUAUAGUCAAAUGAUGAAUGAAAUAAGAGCAGCAUUGUUCCAUCAAUGGAGGACUCUGAGCUUUAUCAUGAACACCAUUUUUUUUUUUAUUUCAGACUAAACAGAAGGCCUUGCUGCUGAACACCAGUACUUUUUCUCACUUAAUUUAAAUACAGUAAGAUACAACCAAGUAAAGAAAUUAAUAGCAGUGCUACAGCGUUGGACUUUAAGCCAUAGGACUGCUCAAUCACCUGUUCCUCUGACUCAUUGUGAGAUCCAAUAACCUACUUGAGCAACACACAAUCGUGGCUUUGUUUUGUACCAUACAACACCUUGUUCUCUAUUGAAAGACACUGCAUAAAAGUUUCUGCUUCUUCAUUCACAGUUUUAAUUUUGAAGAAAACCACCUUGACUUUUUGUAAUGAACCCUUGUGGUACGUAUUCUUUUUUCAUGUUUUCAAAUAUUCAAUCAAAUAAUUAGAAAAUAGGAUCAGGAGAGCAGUGUAGACUGCUACAAAAUCACUUGACAUAAGGAAAAUAAUUCAAGUAACUUGGUGGCAGUUUUCAAAUCUGCUUUUACAGCUUCACUUUAAGGCCUUCGUCAACUUUAGGUGUCAAUAAGACAGUGACCAAAAGUGACUGCAGUCACUCAGUGAGCAAAAGUCUGCUUGGCAGUUGCUGCUUUCCUGCAAAGUAGGCUUCCAUCCAGAAGAGGUGCUAAUAAUUAAACACUGGGUGUAACUGUGAAGUAAAGUCUAUUGUCAUUUUGGCAUUAUAUGAACUACGAGGCUCUAACUUGAACCACAUUCCUCACAUUUAUUAGAGGAGUGGAACUUUUCUUAUCUGUGUUUCUUUUGUUCAUUUUAGUUUUUAAGAAUUCACCUUCUUGUUCUCAGUCAAUGCUGUAAACUUUGUAUCACUUUAUUAAUCUCUGGUUGCCUUCUUUUUACUAUUGUUUUCUUUUUUUAAUAUGGUUUACUUGUGGAAGUAGGACCAGAUCAGGACUAAUAUGUUGUGUAAGUAAAUGUACUGUACUCUAUAUGAAUGACUGUAAUAAAUAUGUUAAUUUGCCAUG